GAUAGUUUAAUGCUGCCGCACAUCACUAACUUGUGGGAACGAACGGGUGGAAGAAAAUAGUCGCUCGCUCGCUGCGAUUAAUUGCUAUUAAAAUUUGUUAAAUAAGUUAAAAAGAAAACAAAGCUAUGGCCUGCAACGCUAGCAAGACGCAUCUGCUGCGCUCAAUCGCCAAACGCGGUUAUGCGACCUGCCCACGCCUCGUCGGCGACACAUCGCCCAUCGCCGUCAAAGUGUUGGAGAACAAGCUGGUGGUGGCCACAGCUGAGGCCUCGGUGCCCGUUUCGCGUGUCUCCAUUGUGCUACGUGCCGGCUCACGUUAUGAGGCGUACGAUACACAGGGCGCCUCGCAUUUGCUGCGUCUGGCUGGUAACUUGAGUACCGAGAGAUCGUCCGCCUUUGCCAUUACACGACACAUCCAACAGGUAGGCGGCAGCUUGACCACCUGGGGUGAUCGCGAAUUGGUUGGCUAUACCGUUGAGACCACCACUGAUAAUGUGGAGACCGGUCUGCGUUAUUUGCAAGAUCUGCUCCAGCCCACUUUCAAACCCUGGGAAGUUAAGGAUAACGCCAAGACCUUGUACAAUCAACUGGAUGCGGUGUCCAAGGAGGAGCGCGCCAUUGAGCUGGCGCACAAGGCCGCCUUCCGCAACGGUCUGGGCAACUCCAUUUACAUCCCACGUUUCCAGCUAGGCAAAAUCUCUAGCGAAAGUUUGCUCCACUAUGUGGCCAGCACCUUUAACGCCAGCACUGCUGCCGUUGUUGGCGUCGGUGUGGAGAAUAAUCUGCUCUCUGGCUUCGCCCAGAAUUUGAUUUUCCCCAGCGGCGGCGGCGCCUCGAAGAGCAACAAUAACUACUAUGGUGGAGAUGCACGCAAGGAUACUGCAGGACAUCGCGCUGUGGUCGCUGUUGUCGGCGAAGGAGGCGUUGCUAGCAACCAAAAUGAGGCUUUGGCAUUUGCCAUAUUGAGGCAGGCACUAGGCGGCGGCGCUGCCACCAAGCGUGGCAAGUCUGCCGGCGCUUUUGGCGAGGCAGUCAGCUGCGCUGGUGACGCGCCUGUGUCAUACCAAGCCAUCAACAAAACCUACUUAGAUGCUGGACUCUUUGGCUUUGUUGCUUCCGCCGAUAGCAAAAAUAUUGGCAAAGCAGUUGAGUUCUUGGUGCGCGCCUUGAAAUCUGGCACUGUGUCCGAUAAGGAUGUGGCUCGUGGCAAGGCGCUGUUGAAAGCACGCGCUAUUUCCAACUACUCCUCCGACAGUGGAUUAAUCAAGCAAAUCGGUCGCCAGGCAGCCCUAACUAGAAAUGUCCUGGAAGCUGAUGCAUUGGUGGCUGCCAUCGAUAGCGUUUCAUUGCAGCAGGUGCAAGCGGCAGCCAAAAAGGUGGCGGGCUCUAAGCUCUCGGUCGGUGCCAUCGGCAAUCUGGCCAAUGUGCCCUACGCUUCCGACUUGGCUUAAGUAGUUAAUCUUGUAAAAAAUGUAAUUUAAAAUAACCUGCCUGGAGACAUAUAACGAAAUAAAACUCUGUUGUCAUUCACGAUAUCGAAAGUGAGUGUUUU